CACUGGCUACCUCGCGGAUUUGUUUAUAGUUUUUGGCAAUGCAGUUCCACUUCAAAAUCGCUGACGCUGAAAGGGACAGGGACAAUGUGGCGGCGUCCAGCAAUGUUGGCGCCAAUCCGCAUGCCGCCCUGCAGCCGCAACAACCUGUUGCACUGGUGGAACCGAAGGAUGCACAGCACGAGAUCCGAUUGCAGAAUAUAGUGGCCACCUUCUCGGUGAACUGUGAACUGGACCUCAAGUCCAUCAACUCGCGCACCCGGAACUCGGAAUAUUCGCCCAAGCGCUUCAGGGGCGUGAUCAUGCGGAUGCACUCGCCAAGGUGCACCGCACUGAUCUUCCGGACGGGCAAGAUCAUCUGCACCGGUGCCCGCAACGAGAUCGAGGCGGACAUUGGCUCCCGGAAGUUUGCCCGCAUCCUACAGAAGCUGGGAUUUCCCGUGAAGUUCAUGGAAUACAAGCUGCAGAACAUUGUGGCCACCGUGGACCUGCGCUUCCCCAUCCGACUGGAGAACCUCAACCAGGUGCACGGCCAGUUCAGUUCCUACGAACCGGAGAUGUUCCCCGGCCUCAUCUACCGCAUGGUCAAGCCCCGCAUCGUUCUCCUGAUCUUUGUCAAUGGAAAGGUUGUCUUUACGGGCGCCAAGUCGCGAAAGGACAUCAUGGACUGCCUGGAGGCAAUAUCACCAAUCCUUCUAAGCUUUCGCAAGACGUAGUAGGCUCUG